AUGGCGAUGCAAUGGAUCCAGAACACGGAAAAGGUGUUCCAAAUUACCAAGGUACUGGAUAGCGAUAAAGUAAAAUAUGCAUCUGCGAUGCUCAUAGAGCGAGCCCUGGUGUGGUGGAAUGCCACGUAUGAGUCUUUAGACACAACGACACGUAACAGUUUGACGUGGGACGAAUUUCUGAAAAAGUUCUUUGAACAAUAUUGCCCUGUUGACCUACAAAGGCAUCUUGAAAAGGAGUUCUUGGAUCUGAAGCAAGGUAAGAUGACAAUACUUGAUUAUGAAACUGAAUUCAACAAGAAGGCACGAUUCGCACAACGAUUCCUGAACUCCGAACAGGAUAUGAUCGAACAUUUCAUUGGAGGACUACGGAAGGAGAUUCGAAGUUUUGUGGUAAGUCGUGAUGGUUCCAGUUUUAGCAAGAUAGUCGAAUACGCUCGGCGUUGUGAGUAUGAAUUAUCCAUUCCUGAUGAAAAUGAACCGAUGUCGAAACAUCCGCGAACUGAAAGGAUGAUGUCCACCCCAACACAACGGUUCUCUCGAUUUUCCAACCAGAGGAGAAUUCAAACUCAGAGUACCCCACGUGUAUCCUCUUAG